GCCCGGAGCGGCAGCGGGUCCAGGCGGGGCUCCGGAGCUUCCCGAGCCGCGUGUGCCGCCCCGCCGCCAUGGAGGCGAUGGCUCGGGGGCGGCGGGGGCUGCGGGAGCCGGAGCCGGGAGAACCGGAGCGUAAGCGAGUGUGCAAGCCCUUAGAAGCCAUUCCCAAUGAAGUUGAUGCUCGCCUCAUUGACUGUGCUAUGGAGCUGGAUUCUAAACAGAAAGUCUCCUCUGGCUGUGGUCCUUGGGCUACAAAGACAAAGCAAAACUCUAUGAUUUUUGAAAACCAAGGAAGCAGAGGUACUGCCCAGCCUUGCCCAAGAUGUAUUGCUGGAGAAUCUGGACACUUCAGUCACAUCCUGGGCUGCUAGAGAUGGACAGACAGCAGAUAAGCAGCACUGCUUCCCCUGCUGGGGUCUGGAAAUGCACCUGUGAGCAGCGUACAGCUGGAGUACGUUCACUCAUGGCAGAUGUUCAGCAUGCUGCUCUGUGUGUCACUCCUCCAUCACGCCGUUUGAUGCCACCGUUUUUACACUUGAAAAAAUGCUUUUGUACUUAAGGUAUCUCAUAUGUAUGAAAAAAUACGUUUCUCAUUUAACUUUUUGGAGCAGUUAAGCCGAUUCGGCCUUUGGCCCAGUCUUCACCUGGCCCUGGACCAAAGGCUGUGCUGAUACAGGGUAUUUCACUGUCUCACUUAGGCACUUUCUCUGAUGCUCAUGAAGGUUGUCAUUGUGUUCACAUUGGUAGUGGGCCUGCACUUCUGCCUCAAUUGUAUAGAAGCGGGCAGAAAGGGAGGACUCUUCAGUUCUAGAUAGAGAGCUGAUCAGCUUGACAGCUAUGCAAAGGCCAGUAAAAAGCCUACUGAAACUUAUUUUGUUCUAAAAUCCAGAAUAUGCAUCCAUUUCAGGUAUCUUUCCUACAUGCCAAACUCUUACUUGAUUUACAAUAAGCACAGUUUGUGAAUGUGACAGAUAACUACUUGAAAGAAAAAAAAUCAGUGUUAUUUGAACAACAUUAUGAUGCAAAGGCGAGCGGUGCUUCAGAUCUACACAGUCCUCUCAAAUUGCUGAAGAUACCAUCUGAUGCUCUGGGAUUCCUUCUUUCCAACUGUUGUGAUACUAGAACAAGUCUGUUUCAGCUUCUUACCCAACUUGAUCUUAUUGGCUUGCCACAAAUAAUUUAAUCAACAUUUGGGCAGUCUGCAAUGCUAUGUAAUUUUUAAACACCUGCAGGUUUUAAACUCUGAAGGUAUCCAAGUUGUGUUAUUUGGAUGUGACACUUCAGUGGCUGCUCUGGAAUGGAACUGGCUGCUGUUCAAAACAGAAUAGCAGCAUGCUUACCCUCUGCAUUAGAUGGAAAUUUCUGCAACCUGCCAAGGCUCAGGAAGAAAGCAAUCUCCACUGUCAGAAGUGUCCCCUGUUCCCAUGCAGCCUUUGGGCAGGGUUCAGCCCACCAGCAGCAAGGCAGGCAGAACAGCUUCCAGCCUCUCCUGUUCUGAGGGCAGUACUCAGUAUAGAAUCUGAAGUAGCAAAAGUCUACUAACAGGUCUUUAGAGAUCACUAUUCCAGUGGUGUUUAUUGCAAUGUGAAAUUCUUAGAGAAGUCUUAUCGCAGUCCUAGAACACUGCCCAUACUGUGUGUGGAGCUGUAGCUGUAGUGUGAGCACUGAGUUGGCUUUUAUUAACAAGAUACUCAUCCCAAGUAGAUGAAUAUCAUAUAAUUACUGAAUUUGGUUAAGCGACAGGUGGGGAGAUAAGUUUAUUAAGUAGAGCUGCACUAAACUGACACCCAGAAAGGUUAGUUAGGAAAGAAUAGAUAUCCUCCAAUCCCACACAAAUUUUACAUCCCUUGGAAAUGGAUCAUUGCAAAGUGGGAUUGGGCUGGAAGAUCUCCAGAGGUUCCCCUGACCCCUGUGAUUCUGUAGUUGUAUAAUCAAUGGAUAUUAAGAUGUAUAAUCAAUGGAUACUAAGAUGUUAUAAUCACAAAAAGAACAAGAGAACUAGGCAAAGUAGGCUAGGAUAAUAGGAGAGAAUAAAUGGAAGGCUUACCCAUACGCUAGGCUCACCUAUAGAAAGCACCAGAAGAGGGGAUCUCCAGCAGAGAUCCUUCCCCACUGGUAACCAGCUCUUCAAUAGGUCUAGGAGGGGUGCAGCCUGGCAGCACAGCUGAAUUGCCUUCACCUGUGCUCCUCUGGCUGGCUCAUGGCUCGCCUCAGGUGAUCAAUCAGAGGUUCAGGCCGUGAUUCAGCAGUUCCCAUGUAGUUCUGCCAGUUGUUUCAAACACCCCCAGCUUCCUUCAAUGAUAUAGGCUGCUCAGAGAUCACAUCACUGAGAAUCACAAUGGUUGUGUUACCUUGAAGGUUAUAAACUCAUCUUGAGCUCUCCAGCUCCCAGUACAGGUUGGUACAAGCAAUAGUAUCUAUCCAAGCUGGAAAGGAACAUGUGCUCAAUUGAAAUGAUAGUAGUGCAUGAGUGAAUUCCCAAUAUCCUGAUAAUAGAGUGCAAAAGAGUAAAGUAAAGUGGUUUCUAAACACAUCGUUUUCUCUGCAACUGCGUAUUUGUUACUGGGUAGCUAGGCUGUAUUUUGUGGGCAGUUCAUUUUUACAAGAUUUUCCAAUUGUUUUCAGCCAUGUCAGCCAAGAGAAAAGAUGGCUGAGCUUCAGUUUCUGUGCUGUAAAAACUGAGAUAGUUACUUUGAGUGUAGAAAGCUGAAAGGUAUCUAAAAGUUUAGUCACUGCAAAAUGACUCAGAACCUGUUGGGUGUCAAUGCUGGAAAGCAGCUGUUAGCAGAGCAGUAUGCAGUCGAAAUUUAAGGUGUCUUAAGAAGAGAAAUGACACUUGGACUUGUUCACAAAGUUUUCUGCUAGAAUAUAUUGCACCAAAGAAGCACCAUAUUGCUUUUAAUGCACAGGCAAUACACUGUGAACCGUCAGACUCAGAGGAUGAUUUUCCAUUUAAAUAGAUAACAGUGCAUAGAUUUCUUCUGUUAGCUAAAAACCUGAGCGUAUUUUAGUCAGCAGAAUACAGUCAGAAUGAGAACUCUUCACAAUCCUUGUGGCUCUUUCCAAUCCUUCUCCUUUCAGAGUAACCACUGCUUGGUUUUUGUAAGGUGCCACCAUGCAUAACUCACAGGAUUGCUCAUAGUUCCUCCUGGCUGCAUUACAGAGCCCCCAUGAAGUCAUACUCUGUUCGAUUUUAAUGCAAUUUUCUCGUAUCAGUCUUCUCAUCGUUACUGUGCCCUGUGCAGGUAUUUUAUGGCACUGUCCACGGUGACUCUCAGCUCUGUCCUUGCAGAUUACUGCAUCUCUACAGCUCAAGAAAACAGGAGAACGUUGUGCUAUUUUUAACCUGCACUGUGGACAUGGGUACCUUCUUUGUGCUGUUCAAAAUGUAAUGCUGCGUUUUAUCUCAGAUCUAACUGGUCAGUAGUUCUGUUACUCGUGUGUAUACUUCAAAGAUCUAAAUGCUAUAGAAACAGGAGUAGAAUUGUCCCAGGUUGGGUCUUUGUUCAACUACAGCCUUUUGCAUUCCCCAGGAACGCGAUGCAGGGUAUGUCAGAGCAGUUCUGUGGCCAUAAGAGGGCUGGAUGGGCUGGGAGCAGCCGGCAUCUGUGUGCCCAACAGCAGGUGGGGAAAGGCUGAGACAAGGACUGGCAUUGAAUGGGAACACUUCUUACAACAGGUUUUUGAUAACCUGUUUUGUUCUGGGAAACCCUUUUUGAUCUCACAGCUCAGUCUCGAACAUCACAGAUCACAAUUACUGACACACUGAUGGUUUCCAGCAGUACUUUUGCCUUCGUAUUUGUUAAUACCAAAGCAUAUUGGGCAUCAGGAGAGCGUCAUACCUGAGUUUUCUUCUUAAGUAAACGUUGGCAUCAUCACUGUUUGAGAAGCAUUUCCAGUGUGACUGCAGUUCAGAUGUGUGUUUGCUCCUGCUUGAUUAGCAGAGACUCUGUCUAGUUUUGAUAGCAGCUCCCUCCUUUUUGGUAGUCCUUAAGUUGGCCUGGGGUUAAAACAUAAACAAACAAGAAAGCUCCUUCUGCACAAACUUCACAGUGAAUCCUUAGGAAGGAUGUGACUGCUUGCCCCAUGCCUCUUAACGGGCUAGAUGCAUUUAUACAUCAGCCGUGACACAAAUGAGUUGCAGCUGAAAUAGUCCAGCACAGUGGAGACUUGCUGUUUGAUCCAGUAGAUGUGCUGUGUCUGUAAUCUGCCUCAAGAUUUGCUCAGCCAGAAUCACAGCGUGCUGCAUCAGGUGCAGCUGAGGGCCGUGCAGCUGGGGAUGGUGGAUGUUCCUUUAUAGCAGAUGGGUGUCAGACCUGCAGCAGAACCUCAGCACUAUUUUUGUAGGACUUUUCUUCACCUUGUACAACUAUGCCAUGUUGGUUGACUGAUAAAUACGAUUCUUUAUCUUUCUUAAUGCUGUGGUUUGUACACAAAAUAACCUAAAAUAUACUUUAUUUAGGUGUAUAUAGUAAAGCAUACAAUCAGUUUUUAAUUCAGAUGAAAAUGAUAUAGUAUUUUUAACUUUGUAUUUUAUAAGUUGUUGCAAAAGCAGAAGCAUUAAACCCACCUUUGGAUACAGUA